UGUUCGCCGCACCUGCCAGACGAGUGAAGCCUUAAAAUUCAUCGGGCUAUAUAUCGGUUAUACAUAAAACUAUAUAGUUCGUGAGCUGAAAUUUCGGAACUAAUUUGUCAUUAUUGUUUUGAUGUUUAAUGUUGCAAAAAAUGAACAUAUUUUACGUUAAUAUAUCGGUGAUAGCGUAUGACAGUUUGGGCGUAAUUUGGCACCACAGGUACGAAUGACUUCAAUGCAUGAGAGCUAACGAGUUCAGUAGGGUUUGGCCCAGUGUGAGAGGCAGGUGAGCGUAGUGUCGGGUAGCAUUGCUUAUUUUUGAGUGAAAUCCGUGUCUGGAUAUCCGAAGUAUUUAUUGACAGAAGGACAACACCACAAUUAAAGCAGACAUGUUAAUGUGGUUAAUGGGAGCGGUGAUAGGAAUGGCGGGCAGCCUCGCGCAUGCGCACUGCCACUGCGGCCUCUUCCUGGUGACGUCACAAACAUGGCGGCCGGAUCACCUGGCCUUCUCCACCAGUAAGACCUACCAGGUGAACUGCUCCGACGCCCGGCAGGCCAGUCAGGACUGUAGGAGGCGCUGUGAGGAGGAGGUCGUGGCGCUCAACCAGGUGUUCAGGACGCAGCCACAGAUCCUGGAGGAGUACCACCCACGCCAGGAACUGCCGUGCGAUGCUCUUCCAGCUCACACCGCCUCCUUCUACAGUGUGUGCGGGAGCCAGCACUGGUACCCCGCCUCUGAGCAGCGCAGCGCCCAGGUCUGCUGCAGCAAUACCACCUCCACCCCUGUCUGGUGUGAGGAGACUACAGAGGAGGGCCGGGCGGCGGACCGCCAGACACCAGUGGCCCAUCGGAAGAUAGACACACAUACCAACCAGAACGCCAUUGAGAACAACGAAAUACAGGGAGCCACCAAGCCAGAGUCUCAGGAUGGUGGAUCGUGGCUAGCAAACAUCCUACAGUUCUUCGGCUACAAGAGUGUGGGCGACAUGGUCAAGAAUAUUGACAUCUUCUCUCUGCCUGGCAAGGUCCAGGGCUUAGUGAAGACAUACAAUGACGAGAUCUCUAUGGGACAGUGUUAUAUGGAGUUCACCACCUUCAGCCUCUUUAAGCAGGAUGGCGCCCUCUCCUCCCUGCAGCGUAUCCGGCGCCACACGCCCCUGGAGGUGGUGGAGGACGAGGCCUGGGACUUGGAGGGACAUCAUGACCUGGAGGAGAAAUUCGUCGCACUUCUACAGGAGGCCAGAGCUUUGGCCUCUAAGAGCCCUGGCAUGUCUGCUAUAGAGAGUGUGGUGAACGGGCUGGUUGGGAUGCUGGACGGGUCGCCCACCACCAGGCAAUAUGCUGAUAUUAUCAGACAGGUGAUGCCCCUCGUGCUCCAGGUGUACACCUCUGACGACCCGUCAUCAGCUAUAACCACCUUCAUCUCCCAGGCCCUCGGACCCUACCUCGCCCACGUCCAGACUCCAUCCCAGAGUUCCAAUGCCAUCAACACCAACAGUAAACCAACACAAUGGACCGACCUGAGCGUGAAGCCUGCCCCUGCGACCAAGACCACACCUAGACCAUCCAGUUCUUCUUCAGGAGGAGCUUCUGCCUCCUCUCCCAUUACUGCCAUGGUGCUAGAGUUCCUCAGAUACUACAUGGGCAACUACCUGUCUUCUCUACCUGGAAACGCUGCAAGCAAGCCAUCGCCUCCACCACCGACACGUGCCCCUGUCACCAACUCCUCGCCACCUCCAGCUUCUAAACCAGCUUCCUCCUCCCCGGGUUUUGGCGACCUUCUCAAUCUCCUGUUUGCUUCUCCUCGUCCUCAGAAGGUCUCGCGCCCCAAGCCACAGGUGGUGAAACAGCCACAGAAGCCUCAGGUGUUGGAGAAACACGACACAAAGACCUUUGUUGACAUGGUUCUGGAGUUUAUACGACCAGUCUUCAUCAGUAUUAUUGGCAAGGCGCCUGGCGAGAGCGGUGUAGCGUCUAUCAGGGAAGUGACACGGCUGAGCUCCUUGGGUCGUGUGGACGACACUGUCGUUGAGGAGGUCCUCUCGCCCUACUUCUGCUUCAAGAACUACAUCGUGAACAAGGCUUGGACACUGACAGAGAGGGGGGUUCGGUCUGUGGCAAACCAGUUCAACCCCGAUGAGCAGGCUCGUAUGAUGAGGAUGCUACAAGAGUAAUGAACAAGGUAUGAAAUUGUAUGGGAUUAAAAAGAAUGCUAGGAGAAGGGUAGGGAUGUGGUGAUUGUAGGGGGAAGAUUAGGUGGGAGAAAAAGGGGGAUGUUUAGGACAAUAAGAGAUGUUUGGUUCUUAGAUAACAAUAUAGGAUGUUGCAGCAUAGACGUUUCUCACUGAUGUUUACUUGUUAUGCAGACUAUUUUUAAUCAGUAAUAGAUUUUAAUUUGGUAAAUUGCUUAAACUAGCAAUUUUUGUUUCUUACAAGAAUCUUGUAAUUAAAAAUAUAAACAAAUUUCAUUAGUUUAGAUAACUAUUUAAACAUAAAAUUUCUAGCACUUUUUGCCUGAAAUUAUACUGAUGUGUGAUUUUAUGGGUAGAUCAACUGGUCCCAAUAUUACUACAGGAAGCAUGUGAUGUUACUUAGGAAAUGUGUUUAGCUUUGUUUCCUAUUCAGAAUAAUUGACUUCUCACAUGCUUCUAGUGCACUCUUGCACUUGAUUAGUAUGUUAAAUCUUGUCAUUUAUAUAUCUAGCAGUUUCAUACUAUUUUUAGCCCCUUUGUCAACUUAGAAACUGAGGUAUCCCUCAAAAUUUAUAUGCUGUUCUUUAAUACAGUAGUACUGUAUUGUAUUCUUAUACUGUAUCCUGCUUUUAUGAUACUGUAAUCAUUCUGUUCCUACAUAAUAUAUUCUUAUUAUUAUACUUUUUUAUAGUGUAAAAAUACUAUUCUUGUAUUUCAUCCACAAAAUGAUAUUUUGUAUAAUUUACAACAAUAAUGUUCAAUCCUGAGGCAAUAUACAAGCUGGUUUCUUGUUAUUUAAAAAUUGUCCUCAAGAUUUUAAUACAAAAAUGUAGUCGUACUUGUGUCUUACAAUGCUAUGAACUACAGAAGCAGUUGUGACUGGUCAGGUGUCCCUGGAAAUUGUAAACCCUUUUCAUAUAAGUUUUCAAUUGUGUGCAUGUCCUUUCUUGUCCCAUUAUGUGGAGAGAUAUUAACGAUGUUUUAAUUUAUGUUUACUUUGGAUUUUCACAAAUUAUUUGUGUAACAAGAAACUUUUUUUUUUCCUUUACAUACAGUAUUUCUUUUAAAUUACAAAUGAGUCAAGUAUGAAAACAGUUUAAUUUGUAUUUUUUGCAAAUUUGCUUAUCAGGCAGUAGGAGCCACACACUUCCCGGGCAGGAGUUUUGAAAGAAACAUUUUCAAAGCUUAACAUUCAUUUGUACAGUAAUGUGGAAAGCAGGCAAUGCGCACAAUUUUUUUUUUUAAAUAAUGUAGGUUUGUAUGUGUUCUUCAAUUCAUCUGCUGAAUAAAGUAAUCUGUUCUAAGAUUAAAACAAAUAUAACAGUAGAUGUUCUAUAUGAGCAUUCUCCUCUCCUGACCACCUCUUCCUCCUCAAAAAAAGGAAUAUACAGUAUACCUCUAAGAAUGUCUGUUCGAAGUUGGAGGUCAAACAUCUGGGGCUAGCCUCACUCAAAUUUGCAGGGUAAGUGAUGUGGGAUAUGGGACGGACAUAGGCUGGUUGGGAUUGGCCUAAGUUAAAUGCUUCAAGAAAUAUUAACAAUUAUAUACACUCCUAGGCCAUUUUCAUAGUCAAGUGUGAAAUAUGGCAUAUGUUUAAUGUGGAGUUAUCAUAACAAUGUACAGUAAUUUCUUAGACCCAUACAGUUGUUUCAGUGGUUCUUAAUAAUAUAUAUUGAGAGAAGAAAAUAGAUGGGUAGAUAGAUGAAUAUAUAAAAGGACGGCUGAACACACAAAAAGACCCAAACAACGUUGGGUAAAACACACACACAUACCUGGCGGUGCCCUAACCUUGUACUUCCUACCCUUCCGUCAACCUCUCCACUUCCCCUCCCCCCAUUCUUUUGACACUCUACUUCCCUCCAUUCAUCUUUCACAUCCCACUUAGCUCCUUGUCUCUUUCAUAAAAUAUAAUCCCUUCCCUUCUUCCUCCUCACUCUUCCCCUCCCCCCCCCACACCUGCCCCUUCCCUAAGCCUAGCCCAUCUUCCCUUUCGUAAAAUAUAAUAUUAGAGAGCAGUGAAGUUAGAGUAUGGAUUUUAGGAGACAAUUUUUCUGAUGGAAAAACUCUUCAGGAAUCUCAACCAAUAUUUCACACUUGAUCAGAAUUGAAUCCAUGAGAAAUGGAUGGGUGUGAAUAAGUACGAAUAAUGUAUUUUUAAAAUUAUUUAACUUUAGCCUACCCCGAUCAGCCUAUGUCUACCCCAUACCCUAGGCCAUUUCCCCAACAAAUUUGGGCAAGGCUAGCUCAGUGUGUUUCGUCUCCACCUUUGCACAGACAUUCAUAUGUGUAUAUACAGUAUAUGCAUCAAAUAAAUAUGGAGCUUUUGGUACAAUGGUUCAGUUAUAUUGUUAAUGUUAUAUAGCUCAACUUUAGAUUUUUGGACCCACUUUGGCAGAACAAUUGCCUCUUUGUUAUGUAAAUAUGUCAUUGUUGUUAUUUUUCAUUUUAAAAGGUUGUAAAAGUUAUUCCACAAAAAGUAUCGUAAUUGGUAAGUUUUAUAUAUAGUAUGCUGUACUAUAUGUUUAACUCGCACACACACAUAUACAUACAGUAUAUAAAUUUUGGUACCAGUCUUUCUUGUAGAUACAUGUUAACAUGUUAUUGAAUAUGACAGAAAGGGUGAGAUUUUCUGUAUUUGGUUUUCUUCACUUGAAAAGGAAGUUGAAAAAUUAACUCUUCAAAGUUUAUUUUACAGUUUCAUUGUGGCUUCAAGGUAAGGUAAGGUGGCCGGAUUAAGAGAUGCAGUUUGUUGACCCUGUCAACAUUUUCAAAGGAUAUAAUUUGGCUGCUGCAGCUGAAUACUCAAUCGCGUCAUAUUCAGCCAAUAUGACAACCGUUGAAGUAUCAAGUGGGCCAUUAGGCCCACUGCAGCUUACCAAUCUCCUGUGUUUCAAUAAUGACUUGGGCAGUAUGGCUGGGCUAAUGAUGGCUGAGGCCCCAGUUGGAUGGCAACAGUCAUCAAUGAAACACAGGAGAUUGGUAAGUUGUGGUGGGCCUAUUGGUCUAUGUGACACUUCACCUCACUCUCAUUUAUGUAUUUAGCUGCUCAAGCCAAAUUAUAUUCACUUGUAUGUACUUGUAUGUAUGUAGUCUUUGAAAAUGUUGACAGGGUCAAUGAAAUGCAUCUCUUAGGCAGACAAUGGGUCACAAUAACGUGGCUGAAGAUAAAAUGACCAAAUCACACAAUGUAAAGUGAAGAAACCACAUUUUGGUCCAUCCUGGACAAUUAUCACUCUGUCUAGUUUCUACAAGGCUUGAUAAUGGUCCAGAAUAGACUGAAACGUCUUUGUUUCUUCACUUUCUGGUGUGUGGUUUGGUCAUCAUGCAUCUCUUAGUGUCAUAAUCAAACAGUAAAAUUAACUUUUCAAUGUCUUUCUAAAGUGAAGAAAAUGUAAGAAAUGUAGAGGAGAUUCAUGCUAGAAUCAUUAAUCUCACCCUGUCUGUCAUAUUCAGUAUUAUAUAUACAGUACAGUAUAUUUGCAUGUAAUUUAGCAAAUUAAUACACAUUUACAUUUUAGAGUAUAAUAUAUAUACCUAAAGAUCAAAGUUCAAUAUAUUCAGUGAUAUAUUUUAAUAUUUUUAUAUGGGGAAUCUCAAGGUUAUUGCAGUAUUUAUACAAUUAUGGGCAGUACAAUACAUAUGCAAAAUUGAGCAUUGGAAAUUGUUACAAAGAAGGUAUAGCCACCAGAAAAUAAUUUAAAUGGAAAUUUCAAGCACAAUUGGCAUUAAUAUAGUCUACAAAACAGCACUGUAAACUGCAUUAGCACAAGAGCUAAAAGUCUAAUGUGUAAAUGUAUGCAUCACAGGUAAUAAUACAAUAUUGAAUAUUAACUUUUAAGAUUGUUACAGCAUAAGCUUAGUGCUUCAAGGUUUGUUAACAUAACUAAGCUGCUAUUUUUCAAGUGCACUUCGUCUUUUCUCAUGCUGUUUUAGUUUUGUAAUUUACAGAAUAUCAAAACCAAUAUUAUUAAUCCAUGCAGCUAAUUUAUAAAGUAAAAAUGGUUUUUAUUUUCUUAUGUCCUAAGUAAAUAAGUUUAAGUGUAGAUUCUAAAGGCAUCUACUAUCAAUUCUUUCAAGCAUUCCAAAGGCUUUGUAUUUUUGUAAUUAAAGAAAUUAAAAUAUAUUUUAUGGACAUGAGAUAUUGCAAAUAUGCUCAUCAUAUAUUGUUGGAUGUAAUGCCUGGAUAUUUCCGAUACUGAUGACUGGUGGCACCACUCGGUGUUGUGGAUGAUGGUUUGUUGCGGGUGUGUGUUUAAGUAUUAUUUUGCCAUGUUGUAUUUUGCCGAGUACUAAUUUUAAAAACUGUACAUAGAACGUGCUCAAGCUACAAUAGCUUUUGAUAUUACUUGUAAGAUUGAGGCAGAGUUUUAGAGAUGCAUCUGUGAUGCACUUGUGACUUGUAUGUAGCAUGAGAAUGUCUUCAAUCAAAUGUAUAAAUCAAAUACUUUCUAUACAUACUGUUAAAGUUGUGGAUUUGUUAUAUCUUAUUUAUUUCUUAUUUAUGAGUUACUUAAUUGUACAAUAAUUUAAUGCAUUUUGUAGAUA